CUUGUACUUUUGUUGGGUAUACAUAUAUAAUAAUGGCUUUGCCAAGUGAAUCUAUGGAGCUUCUUGAUUUAUCUGGACAGAGAAAGAACGGGAGAGGAAAGAUUGAGAUUAAGAGGAUUGAGAACACCACCAAUCGACAAGUUACCUUCUGCAAACGUAGGAAUGGAUUGUUGAAGAAAGCCUAUGAAUUAUCUGUUCUUUGUGAUGCUGAGGUGGCACUUGUUGUCUUCUCCAGCCGUGGUCGUCUCUACGAGUAUGCUAAUAACAGUGUUAGGGGCACAAUUGAGAGGUACAAAAAAGCAUCCUCUGAUUCUCCAAAUACUGCUGGCUCUGUAGCUGAAGCCAAUGCUCAGUUUUACCAACAAGAAUCCUCCAAAUUGCGACAACAAAUUGGCAAUUUGCAGAAUUCAAACAGGCAAAUUCUCGGUGAAUCUUUGAGCACUAUGAGUCUUAGGGAUCUUAAGAGUCUUGAAAGUCGUUUAGAGAGAAGCAUUAGCAAGAUUCGUUCCAAAAAGAAUGAGUUGUUGUUUGCUGAGAUCGAUUUCAUGCAAAAACGGGAAGUUGACUUGCAUAACAAUAAUCAAUUCCUAAGAGCUAAGAUAUCCGAGAGUGAGAGAGCCCAACAACAACAACCUCAGAUGAGUUUAAUGCCAGGAGGAUCUAACUACGACCUCGUUCAACCUCAACCGUCAUCUUUUGACAAUAGAAACUUCUUUCAGGUUACCGCGUUGCAACCUGAUAAUCAGUAUUCUCGUGAUGAUCAGACUCCGCUUCAGCUUGUUUAAGUACAAUUGAGUGAAUAAUAAACGCAAUUCAUCUUUUGUACUCUAUAACACAAGGUUGAUGGAUUGCUUAGUUUGUUUUUCUAUAUACAUGUUUAUGCAUGCAUGAUACUCUAUAAGGCAUACCCGGCCCUCUUUUAGAGGUGAAACAUAUUGUAUUCUCUUUAGGGUUCAUGAUUGCUAUAUAUAAACUUAAAAGAUUAAUGUACACAUAUCAUUGUCUAAUCUUUUUGGAAUGUGUUUAAUACUUAAUAGAUAGGUGUAGGAUCUCCUUGUU